AUGUUCAAUUUUUCUCAUGGUCCUGUUCGAUCUAGAAUGAGCCAGGCCGGAGGAAUGAGCCCCUGCACUCAGUCAAUCAUGAUGGGCGGCAUCAUGGGCUGCGGAGUUGGUGGCGCCGCUGGAACUGUUCUUGGCUUUGCUGGGGGACUCUUUGGUGGGCAGCGACGAAUGGCUCUCGUAAAGAAUACCAGCCGACAAGCAAUGACAAUGGGCGCUUCAUUCGCGAUGAUCAUGUCCGUCGCCCAGGGCCUCCGAGGAUGCCUCAAUAGUUAA